CGAGCAAGUGAGCUGGCAUCAUCAAGUCAAUUGUCCCUUCAUGCCCCUCCUGAUUGCUGAGAUCCCUUCUUGUGUCUGGCCUCUCUCUGUACAUCAAGGAGCAAGCUGAGGAGAUCCACGCACACACGGAGGACAUUAAGGACUGUACAAUAGGGACGCUAAAGGACCAGUGGUCAAGAUGUUGAUCACCAUGCUAACAGCCAUGUACGUGAUGGUCAGGGUCGUAGAAUCGAUAGGGGUGCGCUUGGCCGGCCAAAAGGAGCCACUGCCUUACAUGGUGUCCCAGCCUUUGCCUUGGCAGGUGCACUCCGUGUCACACAGCCGCCGGAGCAGCAAAGCGGACGAGUUCGAUGGCUACAGAAGGAACAGCAUGGGCGUGUACAGAAAGUACUCCAACGCCAGUAACGGCACGUGCAGCACGGAGCCCACCUUACCCCCCUUGAGCCCCGUGGAGGUGAAAGCCGCCGCCACCAUCCAGACCCACUUCAGGAAGUUCCAGCAGAAGAAGCAAAAGAACGGCAAGUAGACGCACGGACGAGGACUUGUUGGGAUGCACGGAACCACGGAUGGACCCUUUCAUGCUCGCUACCAUAUUCAAGCUUAGCAUCGUGAUAUGAAAUCAUAUGAUCUCAUUCAUUUAUGAUCUGUGGCUUUGGCAAAAUUACCAUUCAAAAUGAAUCAUGUUUCACGAACAAAUGACGUAACGGUUGUAAUACAAGUAAUAAAUGUCUGGCAGUCUG